AAACAUUUGUGUUUUCCUUGCGCCCUUGUUUUCUAGGUAAGAUUUUCUUUUUUUUAACUGGCUACAGUCUCACAACCAUAGCUACCUACCUCCUUACAAGUGAAGUGAAUAAUGUUGAGUCAGGUCUCAUUGCAGCAUGCAUGGUCUCCAUCGUUCCAGGAUAUAUUAGUCGAUCCGUUGCUGGGUCUUAUGAUAAUGAAGGGAUCGCGAUAUUCUGCAUGAUAUUAACAUUUUACUGUUGGAUUAAAUCGAUUAAGACAGGCUCUAUUUUUUGGGGCGUUUUGUGUAGCUUGGCUUAUUUCUACAUGGUCUCAUCUUGGGGUGGCUAUGUGUUUCUAAUUAAUAUCAUUCCUAUACACGUUCUCGUCUUAAUUUUGACUGGCAGAUUUAACCAUCGGAUAUAUUCGGCAUACUCCACACUAUAUUGUCUAGGCACAAUUUUCUCUAUGCAGAUUAGUUUUGUUGGAUUUUUGCCCGUCAUUUCAAGUGAACACAUGGGCGCGUUAGGGGUAUUUGGUCUCUGCCAACUUUAUGCUUUUUUUGAAUAUUUGUACACGAAGCUCAAUAAAGAGCAAUUUGGUAUCUUAAUCCGCUUUGUCCUUACAACCGUUGGAAUUUUAUUUGGCGCUUCUGCUUUGAUAUUGACUUUUUCAGGUAAAAUUGUCCCCUGGACUGGUCGCUUUUAUUCGUUACUCGACCCAAGUUAUGCUAAGAACCAUAUUCCAAUCAUUGCAUCGGUUUCAGAACAUCAACCCACAGCUUGGGGUAAAUGCAUUAUUGAAAUAACGCACGUUUUAGUUGGAAUGUACUAUUGUCUAAAGAAGCUUACUGAUGCAAACAUCUUCAUUAUUGUUUAUGGUGUCUUUAGUCUUUAUUUUUCGGUAAGUUGA